AUGUACGCCGUCGAGGAUAGACAUCAUCCCGUUCCGCCGCCUCUGUCAAUGGAUCGCAUCUCUGCUCCGACCGGAACUCCCUACCCGUCCAACCCGCUACGGUCCGAUCAACUAGGAUCCGUGUCACAGAGGCAUGAGGGUCGGAUCUACUCAUUACAAGUGGUGCAGCAGCCGAUUCGAGCUCGCAUGUGUGGUUUUGGCGACAAGGUGGGUGCCAUUUCCGCAUUCCUCGCCCCGGCGUGGACUAACGAUUUGCAGGACCGGCGACCGAUCACCCCUCCCCCAUGCAUUCGUCUGAUUGUGCGGGAUGAGUUCACGGACAAAGAAAUCGAUAUCAAUGAAAUCGAUACCUCCUUCUACGUCCUCACCGUCGACCUAUGGAAUGUCGACGGUACCAACGAAGUCAACCUCGUGAAGCACUCCGCCACCUCUCCCUCAAUCUCUACCGCCAUGUCAUCCUCCUACCCUCCCCCGCCGCAGAGCAUGUCGCCGACCUACCCCGCCACCUACAACCAGGCCCCCUACAACUACCCCCAGAUGGGCAACUACUACGGUGGCCAGCAGGUGGCAUACCAAAAUCAAUACGGUCAGCCAGUGACCUACCCACAAUACUACGCCGGCAGCCAGAUGCCCGCCUCCAUGUCUCCCGCCGCGCAACCCGUGUCGGGAGGGCCCGGUGGAAUGUUCACUCGCAAUCUGAUCGGUAGUCUGAGCGCCAGUGCUUUCCGGUUGACAGACCCGGAUAACAAGAUCGGGGUGUGGUUUAUUCUGCAAGACUUGAGUGUGCGGACCGAAGGAACUUUCCGUCUGAAAAUGAGCUUCGUCAACGUUGGCACACCAUCAACGGAAUCCACAAACGGCGCGCCUGUGAUCAACCAUGGAACGGCACCAGUGUUGGCUUCCGUUUUCUCCGAACCGUUCCAAGUCUUCUCCGCCAAGAAAUUCCCCGGCGUCAUCGAAAGCACCCAACUCAGCAAAUGCUUUGCGCUGCAAGGAAUCAAGAUCCCCAUUCGCAAGGACGGAGUGAAAGGACCCCGUGGCCGAGGCGGCGAUGGAGACGACGAUGACGAAGGCGACUAUUAA